AUGUCGCAAGCCGAGGAGCUAAGCACCACAAGUAGCUCAUCUGAGGCCAUUGCAUCUGAAAGCCAUAGUACAGAUCUUACUAAACAUCCAACAAGCGAGGUCUCGUCGGAGCCACUACUUCUCUACAAGAACUUCUGGUUUCGACGGCAAUUUGUUGACAGGAUUAAGCUUCUCCAGACCUCACCAGCAUCGAGACACUCCCAUCUCCAAAGGAUCCUUGCCACCCACAUGCCCUUUUCACUGCUCCCAGAGUCCAUAGGCAUCCAUGGUUGCCGAAUUUUAUACAUCUGCCGAGAUCCUAAGGAUGCAUUCGUGUCAAGGUGGCACUUUACAAAUGAGGUAUUUACAGAAAAAGCCGACAUUAAUGUUGCAUUCAACAAGUUUUGUGAGGGCAUUUCUGGCUUUGGGCCCUACUGGGAUCACUGUCUCGAAUAUUGGAAAGAGAGCACUGGAAAGCCUGAUAGAGUUAUUUUCCUAAAGUAUGAAGAUAUGAUGCUAGAGCCGGUAAAGUUUGUGAAGACACUUGCAUCUUUCCUCGGUGGCCCAUUCUCCCAAGAAGAAGAAGAUGUCGGGGUUGCGGAGGAGGUGGUUAGGUUAUGCAGCUUCAAGACGCUUAGUAGCUUGAACAAUAGUGAAACUGAUGUUGUUCAAAGGGGAUAUCUUGCUGUUAAAAAAUCGGCAUACUUUAGGAGAGGGAAGGUGGGAGACUGGGUGAAUCACAUUAGUGAUGGGAUGGGCAGGAAGUUGGAUUACAUAGUGGAAGAGAAACUCAAAGGAUCUGGCCUUGUCUUUUGA